AUGACCUUCCUAGCCCCCAUCCGUCAAAGGGCCCAUCUCCUUGUCAUAACAAUCAAAGCAAAGCUCCUCCGAGCCCUAAUACUCACCUAUGCCCACCUGAGACCACACCAGAAGCCCACCCCCGACAUCGUCGAAUACAUCCCAGCAACCUCCAACACAACAAAAACCAGCAAAGACCGAACCCGCAAAAUCAAAACCUACAUCUACCUCCCUCCAAAGCAGACGCCCUCGUCUUCCUCCUCAACACCAACACCAACACCAACACCAGAUCCCUCCCCCUCCCCCGUCCUCAUAACAGCCUGCGGCUCCGGCUUCAUAAUCCCAGGCCUCGGCCUCGACGACCCCUACUGCCACACGAUCGCCACCAAAACCUCGCACGUCGUAAUAGACAUCGACUACCGCGUCGCGCCCGAGAACCCCUUCCCCAGCGCCAUCAACGACGUAAUCAGCGUCGUGAACUGGGUGCUCUCGCAGCCGGCGCGGUUCGACAAGUCCCGCAUCUCGAUCGGCGGCUUCAGUGCCGGAGGGAACAUUGCUGCUAGCGUUGCGGCGAAUUAUUUCCCGCCCGGGACUUUUGCGGCUCUUGUGGGGUUUUAUCCUGUUGUUGAUGCGUCCCAUAAGCCGGGAGAGAAGGUUCCUGUUCUUCCUGUUGAGGGAUGGAGGGAUGCGAAUGGGAAGGGCAAGGGCAAGGGCAAGGGGAAGGACGGUGGGAGCCAGACGCCGAAGCCGCCAUUGGGUGGGAUGGGGUCUGUGCCGGAUGGGCUUAUGGUGUUUAUGAGGGACUGUUAUCUGGCUGGGGAUGUGAGUGAGGGGCUGGUAAAAGACCCGAGGGUGUCGCCGGUGUAUGCGGAAAAGGAAAGGUUUCCGUGCAGGGUUUGUUUUGUGACGUGUGAGUAUGAUGUGCUUGCGCGGGAGGCGGAGGAGCUGGCGGAGAGGAUUAAGGAGCGGAGGGAGGUUGUUGUGCAUCGCGUCAAGGGGUGUGGGCAUGCGUUUGAUAAGAAUUGUAAGCCCGGGAGCGAGAGAGAGAAGGUGAGAGAUCAGGUUUAUGAUAUUGUUGCGGAAUUUUUGAGGGGAGACGAGUAG